UCGUCAGAGAUUCUCGGGGUGAAGAAAACCAAGGCGGGUUAGCCGAGGGCAAACAUUGAUCACUUUGACGACGCGAAGUGCUGUCAAUAUACUAAAUUCCUUUCUACGGAGUGAUUGCCUUUGCUUUAUUCUCCUUAUAUAUAUCAUCAUCAUCAUCAUCGUUACUCCGAGAACGGAUAUAUCGAAUUUAUCCGUAUAUUCGCGAAUCGCGUGGCGGCGUAGUCGUGCUCUUUGUGAGCACAGUUUUACAACUCGAACUCGAAUAUCCAGCGGGGGUAAGACGGUAAGGGAGAAAACCGUGUAAAGGAAUUACGACAAACGAGGUGUGAUAUCGUGAGUGAGGUAAACGUGGAAUCGGUCCUGAAUAACGAUCAGUAUUCAGUCCAAAGAGAUGCAGACAGUGGAGUUGCGAUUCUGGCGGUGAAUACAAAUUAGCAUAGUUAUUGCUGGCUCGGUAUAGAUGUAGCCGGUACAUGUACGCAAUCAGGUAAAUGAGGGGGAUGGACGCGGAACGAGCGUGCGAAUCGCGACGACGGAGUAAUUCCGACUCGAGUAACAACGUACGAAGCAAGGUGCCCAGCAUCAUUAUACCUUGUUUUAGAGGUCGAUGCCGGCGACUUUAUCGUGUCUAGGGCGGUAUUAUCACUCGAGGUGAUAUCGUUUAACAGCAGCCGUUUGUAAUCUGUAUUUGAAUUCAAGAGCCGUUAAACAUCGAGCUAUCUCUUGUUUGAGACGUAAGCGAGGGAUGGAGGAAAGGCGGCGGAUCAUUUUAGCUCGGCGACGUGAUUUUCAUUAAUUUUUUUCCUACCUUCCUCAUUCGUUUCGUUUAUAUCAUACCUUUUUGACGUUUUAUUUUCACGUUACAGGUAUAUAAUAUGUUUGCCUCGGGAAGCUUACGAGAUACAUAAACGACGCGAAAACGAUAAAUGUGAAUGCUGAAUGGGUCGGAUAUAAUUCGGUUUAACUUUUUUUUUUUACCCUUCUUUUUUUUAGCUCGUCGUUUUCGAUCUCGGAAACACGAAUCCAUCGACUAAAUCAAGCCACGAUUGUAACCGAUCGAAACAACUCAACGUGUUGCGUUUUGAAGUCGAAAAAUUGACGAUAACUCGAUCGUUUACAUCGUGAGAGAGAGAGAAAAAAAAAGAAGAAAAUUACGAGUGUGAGAUGAAAAAAGUAAAUGAAAAAUUGGGACUUCUGGCGAGUGAGGGUUCCAUUUCCCAUGAGCUGACCACCAGCGGUACGGAGUGAAGAGAGAAUACGACGAUGUUAAUGAAUAUGUAACAAAGUAAACCGAAUGGCUAAUUGACCCCGUCGCAUGAAAUAUUCAGCGAGGGUCAAGAUGAAUUCAUAGCUUUAUUCAUGUCGGCCGGUUGAUGCUGAGUCGGAGCUAUUCGCAUCGAGGAAUAGCGAACCCAUGGUGAAAGCGGGUGGAGAAAAGCUCGGAACUUUUGAAAGCACUCAUUUUUAUCCGUUAUAACCAUUAUAAGUUGAACCGGCGACUAGAUAUAACUCUGCACUUCAUCGCGAACUCCCAAUAUUUCAACGGUAUGCUUGAAAUAUUAAAAGUUCGCGAACGCCGCUGCCACCAACACUACCGUCCGGGGCAUCGAUUUCUAAGUCAUCUUUAUUGCAGGGAAGAAAAAAAGCUUUCUAUAUUAUUUAUGAUAAUAAUAAUAUGUGUAUUGUAAAUUUCGUGCUUUUUUUUUCAACGUUCGGUGAUUUAUUCUCGUAUUGCCAGCUGCCAAACGCAGUCGAAUUCCCAUCAUGGAACGAUUGACCUUUAUUCAUGUAUGCUACGUGUUUACAUACAUAACAUAUGGGGACGUGGAACGAUUUUCGUGUUCCCCUCUUUAUUUUCCCUCCGUUUAUUUGUCUGUCAAUUUUUUAUAGGACGAUCUGCAUCGGAAUUGAAAAAUUGAAAAAUUGAAAUAAUUCUGGACGCUGCUAUGCGAGGCUAAUGAUGACAGGCAGUUAAAAUUUCAAGCUGGAUACCGACCGAUGAGAUUUGCAUCUGUAGUGUUCCGGAGCUAUCGAGAACUUACGACACAACAGAAUCUCCCUCAAUUCCUUUUUGAUAAUGAUAUUGAAUCCGACGUACGUAUCUAGUUCUCAUUCUACACGGCAAAUAGAAUUAAUGAUAAAAAAUUUAAUCCGACUCUGUACGCGCAUAGUAUCUGAUAAGAUGAAUGAUAAUAAAGGUGAGUAGGAUAAUCAUAAAUGAUUCUUGGAUCCAAUGCUAACAAUGAGCUUCUAUCGCCGAAGAAAUGUAUUCCGCGAGUAUCCGGGCUUGAAACUACUCAGUCUGCAAAGUGAUAAGGCCGGAUGAUUGCGUCGCCAAGUAUUUCGCACCAGAUAAUCACAACGAAUUUUUCGCAUUCGAUCGAAGAGUCAUGUUUCAAUCGAUAAGUGGGGCACAAAUAAUUGCCGGGCUUACGGCUUCUCUGGUGAUGCUCUCUACAGGCUAUCACUACGGAUGGUCAUCGCCAUCGUUGCCGAAGUUGCAAUCCGGUGAAGAAGAUUUCACGCUAACCUCCGGCCAAGGAGCAUGGAUCGUCAGUAUGCUCACCGUCGGCGGUCUUUGUGGUUCUCCAACGGCUACCGUUCUCAUCGACAAAAUAGGCAGAAAACUUACUCUGUUAUUGACGUCUGUUCCGUUGAUUUGCUCCGGCGUGCUACUCUGCGUAGCGCAAGGUUACUGGUGGCUAAUCGCUGCAAGAUUCAUAGCUGGUAUCGGUACGGGUAUGUCGUACGUAGCCUCACCGAUGUACGUGGCAGAAAUAUCUAGCGACAAUAUCCGGGGUGCUCUUUCGUCAACCCUCAAUUACAUGUCGGCUUUUGGAACUCUGGUGGCGUACGUCGUCGGGCCGUGGGUCAGCAGGGCAGUCUUGGCGUCGAUAGGGCUGAUAUUUCCCGUUGCUUUUGCCUUGAUUUUUAUUUGGAUGCCGGAAUCGCCGUAUUUCUGGAUAAUGAAAAAUAAAGAGGAAGAGGCGAUAAAGAGUUUGAGGAGGUUGAAGGGGGUCGAUGAGGUUACCGCGGACGUUGAGAAGGUUAAAACGAGCACCACUUUUGACAAGCAAAAUGCAGCUAGUUACAAAGAUCUUGUCCUGGUGCCGGGGAAUAGAAAAGCCCUGAUCAUUGUUCUGGGUCUUGUUAUAGCCCAGCAAUUCUCCGGUUCGAUGGCGAUUCUUUCGUACAGCGGCCUCAUAAUAGACGCAGCUGGAUCAUCGUUGGAUUCGAACAUUUCCCUGAUCAUCAUCGGAUUGGUCCAGGUCGGCAGCUCGGUACUGUGCAUCUUCGUCGUUGAUUUGGCGGGGCGCAAAGUCUUGCUGCUGGGAUCCGCUUUGGGGGUGGCCGUAUCUCUAGGUGCGGUGGCUGUGUACUUCCAGCUGCAGGCCGCAGGGAUAGACGUUAGCUCGAUUUCUCUGCUUCCCUUGCUCGGUUUGGGGGUGUUUCUGUUCGCUUACGCGAUCGGCUUGGGACCCCUCCAACAGGUUGUACUCGGGGAAGUAUUUCCGUACAACGUCAAGGCUUUGGCGGUGAUGGUCACUACGUUAACGGGGUCCCUCGGCGCGGUGACGGUAGCGAAGCUUUACCAAAUCGUAGCCGACUUAUGGGGGAUCCAAGCGUCGCUUUGGGGAUUCGCAGGGAUCACAGUGUUAUCGGCUUUGUUCAUAUUAUUUUUCGUUCCCGAGACGAAGCAGAAAUCGUUGUUGAACAUUCAAGAGCAGUUGCACAAAACAACGGAAUCGACGACAGAGUUGGAAAAAUCUGCCAAAUGAUGACGGAAAGUUUUCGAUUGAGAAUAUUGAUAAUCUAGAUACGGCACAAUUUGUACGAAGAAUGGUCAAUCGUUCACGUCAUUCUAUUGACGGGAUGUUGGUCGAAUUGAUUCGAAAAUACAUCAUGAUCUGAAGUCGAA